AUGACUAAUCAAACAAACAAUUUUGAUCAAUCGCUUCCAAUACUUUCUCUAAUGCCCUAUUCAGAUAUAUUAUACGAUAAUCUUUCAUUGACUCUUGAAUCAAUUCUAUCAUUAUCAUCAACAUGGAAUAGAACAGAUUUGUUUGUACCAUCUGAAGAAAGUAUUAUUCUUCGUCGUCAUCCAAUUCUAUAUGGUACAGCAAUUUAUGCUCUUCUACUUCUGAUUGUUGGAACCAUUGGAAAUAUUUUAACUAUCAUUAUUCUUAGUCGUGCUAAUUUACGACGACAUACAACAAUGCGUUAUUUUAUAGCAGUAGCAAUUGCUGAUCUUUGUUCAUUAUAUUCAUGGAAUUUAAAUUUAUUCUAUAAACAUUUAAUUAAUCGCUAUCAAAAUGAUCUUGAAGAUGCAUCAAUUAUAUCUUGUCGUUUAGUAUCAUUUAUUGCAUUUGUUAGUUUACAAUUAUCAUCAUGGUAUUUAACAUUAGUUAGUGUUGAUCGUUGUCUUAGUAUUCAUUUUCUAUUUUGGCGUCGACAAUUAGGUCGAGUUAGUCAUUCGAUUUAUAUUAUUCUUAGUGUAACAAUAAUUAUUAUUUUUCUUAAUAUACAUUUACUUUUUUUAAAUGGUUAUAAAAUAUCUAAUUGUAUUCCAUAUGGAAAACGUACUUGUUUUAAAUGUUAUGCACGUUUAAAUGAUAAAUAUUAUAUAUUUCCGAAAUGGGAAACAGUGCAUGUUAUUGUUUAUAAUUUAAUUCCAUUGUUUAUUAUGCUUAUAUCAGCUUAUUUUAUGAUUCGUCGUUCACAAUCAUCACACCGUAGACACAGAGCAUUAUCAAUUGAUGGUCGCAGCAAUUCAUUAAGCAGCAAUGAUCGUCGAAAUAAACAUCGACAAUUAACUUGUGUACUUAUAUCUCUAAUAUUAUUAUUUGCUUUUUUAACAACACCGGUAAUGAUUUAUAAUGUUUUUUUAAGAAAUCAUUUAGUAAAUCGUAAGCCAUUAAAAUAUAUUGUACAAGGAAUACUAUUAUGCAAACAAUUUACACAUCAUGCAAUUAACUUUUUUGUUUAUUCUUAUGGUUCAUCAAUGUUUCGUCGUGAACUUCAUGAAUUUUUUUCAACUUGUACAAGAAAAACAAACUAUAAUAUUAAUCAAUCUAGAGCAUCUCAACAUAUGUUUUGA